AUUUUUAAUUCAAUUUUAAGUUUCAAGUUAUUCCCUUUCAAACUUCAUAUAUGUUUAUAUAAGGAACCCAUUUCCAUGUUUUGAUCUACAAAAGCUAGAAGAAACUCAUGGAUGAAGUAACGGAAGCCGCCACCCCACGGGUCGUAGCUCCCCCGGCGCAAUUUCACUCACCGUCUCUAACUCGCUCGCCUCUACUCUCUAGCGACGAUCGGAUCGAAACCGUGAGCAAAACUCCGAAAUCUUCGAGCCCGAGACCGAGAUUCAAUAUCACUCCGAUUGGAAGUCCGAUCAGAAGAGCCCUAAACUUAACGAGGCUCGACCCACAUGAUGCUUGGCUUCCGAUCACCGAGUCGAGAAAUGGAAAUGCGUUCUACGCUGCCUUCCAUACGCUUUGCUCCGGCAUCGGAAUCCAAGCCCUUGUGCUUCCGGUGGCCUUCACCAUUCUUGGAUGGGCUGGAGGAAUCAUAAGCUUGACCAUAGCUUUCAUUUGGCAACUUUAUACUUUAUAUUUGAUGGUUCAACUUCAUGAAUCAACUGAAACUGGGUUGCGUUAUAGUCGAUAUCUUCAGCUAUUUAGCGUAACAUUUGGCAACGGGCUUUCAAGGCUAUUGGCGUUCUUCCCGAUCCUAUACCUAUCGGCGGGGACAUGUGUGGCUCUAAUAAUCAUCGGAGGCUCAACCUCAAAGACCUUCUUCAAAGUGGUUUGUGGAACUAAUUGCAACGCCGAUUACUUGACACCCAUCGAGUGGUACUUAGUGUUCACCUGCGUUGCCGUGCUCUUGGCCCAGCUCCCUAACUUGAACUCCAUCGCCGGCGUAUCCCUAAUCGGAGCCAUCACCGCCGUCGGCUACUGCACUUUGAUAUGGGUAAUCUCCGUCGUCAAGGGCAGAUUGCCUGGCGUCUCGUAUGAUCCGGUGAAGCCAAGUGCCCACAUAGAAAGGGCCUUUGACGCUUUGAAUGCUCUUGGAAUUGUGGCUUUUGCUUUUAGAGGCCACAAUCUUGUCCUCGAGAUUCAGGCAACUAUGCCAUCGAGCGAAAAACACCCCUCGCGAGUCCCGAUGUGGAGAGGGGUCAAGUUUUCAUAUUUGGUCGUAGCCAUAUGUCUCUUUCCCCUCGCCAUAGGAGGCUAUUGGGCUUAUGGUCAAAAGAUACCCAAAAAUGGAGGGAUGCUUACAGCUCUAUAUGCCUUCCAUAGUCGUGACACCUCUCAAUUCCUCAUCGGGUUAACAAGUUUAUUCGUGAUAAUCAACGCAGUGAGCUCGUUCCAAAUCUACGGCAUGCCAAUGUUCGACGCCAUCGAAGCAUGCUACACAAGGAGGAAGAAGCAAGCAUGCCCAUGGUGGCUACGAGUCAUCUUACGAACAGUAUUCAGCUUUCUCUGCUUCUUCGUAGCGGUGGCGAUCCCAUUUCUCGGGAGCGUGGCUGGGCUGGUCGGAGGCAUCGCCCUGCCGGUGACAUUUGCUUAUCCAUGCUUCAUGUGGCUGAAGAUCAAGAAGCCUAAGAAAUAUGGUGUUGUGUGGUGGGUUAAUUGGGUGUUGGGAGUUUUGGGGAUGGGGCUGAGUUUGGCCAUGAUUGCAGCUGGUGUUUAUGUGGUCACUAACACAGGUGUUCAAGCCAGUUUCUUUAAGCCUCACUAAAACAAAGUGAGCCAAAGCUUCCUCUAAUGAAUUGAUAUCAUUUAGGGUUUGUGUCUUUAUAUAUGGUUUGAGUUGUUCAAUGUUCUUCCAAAUGUAUUAGUUGAAUGUGAAGUGUAAUCAUACAAGUUCUUUAGUUUGUUUGUGUAGGGAGGAGAAAUUUAUUGAAUGAUCGAUCAA